AUGCCGAGGUACUGCGCCAGCCCGUCGGCGCCGCGGAAGGCGCGCCCCAGGAAGGGCGCCAGCUGCGGGAGCCCGUGCUCGAACACGAGGAUGCGGUCGUCCUGGCUGGUGAACUCCGAAGACUCGGACCGCCGCGCCGAAGAAGAAGAUGCCGCUCUGCAUGGCGCUCCGGCAGCGCCUUCCGCGGCCCGCCGCACCACCGGCUUGCGCGAGAUCUUCCUCUUCACCUGGGCGCUGCUUGCCACCGCGGCCGUGAUCGUGCUCGCCGUCCGCAACCUCAUCUUCAUGGUCUCGGACGGCAUGGGCCCGGCCUCGCUCAGCCUGACGCGCUCCUUCCGGCAGCACGUCUCGUCGCUGCCGAUCGACGACGUGCUGACGCUGGACCGCCACUUCUGGGGCACGUCGCGCACGCGCUCGACCAACAGCCUGGUGACCGACUCGGCCGCCGGCGCGACCGCCUUCGCCUGCGGCCGCAAGAGCUACAACGGCGCCAUCGGCAUGCUGCCCGGCGCCCGCCCCUGCGGCACCGUGCUGGAGGCCGCCAAGCGCGCCGGCUUGGCCACCGGCCUGGUCGUCACCACCGACGUCACCGACGCCACGCCCGCCUGCUUCGCCGCCCACGUGGACUACCGGCUGCGCCAGGACGAGAUCGCGCUGCAGGAGGUCGGCGAGGGCGUGCUGGGCCGGAGCGUCGAUCUGAUCCUCGGCGGCGGGAGGUGUCAUUUCCUGGCGAAUCACACCCGGGGCAGCUGCAGGGCGGAUGAUGUCGAUGUGGUGGGGAUUGCGCGCGAGAAGCACGGGUGGGUGUACAAGAGCGAUCGGAAGGGGUUUGACGAGCUGGCGAUGGGGAGGAACGUGAGCCUGCCGCUGCUGGGGCUGUUCGCGGCGUCGGACGUGCCGUUCGAGAUCGACCGGCAGAAUAUGGCCGACGUGUAUCCCAGCCUGAGCGAGAUGACGGCGACGGCGUUGACGGCGCUGCACGAGGCCACCAAGGACAGCGAUCAGGGCUUCUUCCUCAUGAUCGAGGGAAGCCGGAUCGAUCAUGCGGGCCACAUCAACGAUCCUGCGGCGCAGGUGAGGGAGGUGCUGGAGUACGAUAGGACGUUCCAGAUCGUGCUCGACUUCCUGGAGCAGUCCCAGACGGAGGGUGUGUUGGUGGCCACGAGUGACCACGAGACGGGCGGCCUAGCCACCGCUUGGCAAGCACCCAACGAACUGCCCGUCUACGACUGGUAUCCAGCCGUGCUGGCCAAGGCCAACGCCUCGGCCGAGUACUGCUCGCUCCUGCUGCAACAGCACCUCGCCUCGAUCUCUUCAUCCUCCUCCGACGGCUCGCCGCCGUCGAAGAAGUCCCUCAUCGACUGGAUCAACCAGGAGCUGGUCGUCCGCCGCCUCGGCAUCACCGACGCACGCGACGCCGAGCUCGCCGCCCUCGCCGCCAAACCCGAGGCCGCCACGCACAUCUUUUCGCGCAUGGUCAGCGUCCGCGCCCACGUCGGCUGGAGCACCCACGGCCACAGCGCCAUCGACGUGAAUAUCUACAGCUCCGGCGGCCCCGGGACGGAGAGGCUCCGCGGGAACGUGGAGAACACGGAGGUGGGCAAGUUCUUGAGCGAGUAUCUCGGUGUGGAUGUCGGUGAGAUCACGAAGGAGCUGGAGGAGAAGUUGAAGGGUAGACCAGCGGGCAGAGAGGUUGAGGUUCAGCGGGAGGUGGAGACUCGUGUGCAUCCUGAGGAAUGGUUUAGGGAGAUGGGAAUCUAA